AUGCCACUGGAAUCGGCGUCGGAGCAGGAGGGGGAGGGUUCCGACAACGAGCCGGAGUUUGUCGAGGUUGAUCCUUCCGGCCGAUAUGGACGGUAUAAGGAGAUCCUUGGUAGAGGAGCUUUCAAGAAAGUAUACAGAGCGUUUGAUGAAUGGGAAGGUAUUGAGGUGGCUUGGAAUCAAGUUAAAGUGGCCGAUCUCUUGAGGAACUCGGUCGAUUUGGAGCGGUUGUACUCCGAAGUGCAUUUGCUGAAAACCCUUAAACACAAGAAUAUUAUCAAAUUUUACAAUUCGUGGGUCGAUACCAAGAAUGAGAAUAUCAACUUCAUUACUGAAAUCUUUACAUCUGGGAAUUUGAGGCAGUAUCGGAAGAAACAUAAGCAUGUUGACGUGAGGGCAUUAAAGAAAUGGUCCAGACAAAUCUUAGAGGGUCUUUUAUAUCUUCAUAGUCAUGACCCGCCAGUUAUUCACCGUGAUUUAAAGUGUGAUAACAUAUUUGUUAAUGGAAAUCAAGGGGAGGUGAAAAUCGGUGAUCUUGGACUUGCUGCCAUCCUUCAGCAAGCUCGUUCUGCGCAUAGCGUGAUAGGCACACCUGAAUUCAUGGCGCCAGAGCUUUACGAGGAGGAAUAUAACGAGCUUGUGGAUAUAUAUGCGUUUGGUAUGUGCUUACUCGAGCUAGUGACACUUGAGUACCCUUAUGUUGAAUGUGCCAACGCGGCUCAGAUAUAUAGGAAAGUGACAGCAGGUAUCAAGCCUGCAUCAUUAGGAAAAGUGAAGGAUCCUGGGGUCCGGGAAUUUAUAGAGAAAUGCAUUGCAAAAGUCUCUGAUCGAUUAUCCGCCAAAGAACUACUGAUGGACUCAUUUCUACUAUCUGAUGAAGAUUCUGGAAGUAUAGAUCAUUCACUGCAGCAGGCCCAGUCUUCAAAUCCAGAUGAUAAUGAAAAACCCGAUUUUUCUGUGCUCGAGGGAAGCCGAGAUUUCAUGGUGCAAGGCCAGAGAAAAGAUCAUAACACGAUAUUUCUCAAACUUCGUAUAGCAGAUUCAUCAGAUCAUGUUCGCAACAUUCAUUUCCCGUUUGAUAUCGAGGUGGAUACCUCGACUGAUGUUGCUCGGGAAAUGGUCGAGGAACUUGAUCUAACGGAUCACGAUGUAUCGGUUAUAGCUGCAAUGAUCGACUCCGAAAUCCGGUACCAUAUUCCCGAUUGGGCCCCGAGAGGGCCCUCGAGUGACAACGAUUCUCCAAAAUCUGGGCCACCCAUUCUUGAAAAGCUGCCUUCAGGAAGAAAAUACUGGUCAGACUCCCCCAAACCAAGUCGAGAAAGCUCACCGCUAAGAUCAUUACCUCCAUCUAAUAUGCUUUUGCCCGAGUCAGCUGCUUUUGGGGAUGGCUGGUCUGAGGCGAAUUCACAAUCACCUGUUAGUCAUAAAGAUGUAAACAGUUUAUCCGGUGGUUCUCCUCUCAAGCAUGUUAACUAUGAUGAUUAUACCAAUCACAAUGAUGGAUGUAAAAAACGAGGUGACUCGGACCCUCAAGACUCUCAAUAUGGUGAUCUUGGGUUUGGCUCACUAACUCUGGAAGAAAAUGUGAUGAUGAGAGAUUUGGAUACUGUUGACAUAAGUAGUAUUGUGGAGAAACUCGAGAAUGUGUUGGAUGAGCAGGUGAAGGAGCUAGAUGAGCUAAAGAAGAGACAUGAACUAAUUGUUUCGGAUCUGUUAAAGGAACUACCCAAGGAGAUUCUUGAGAGAGUUCUUAGCAUUUGUAAACAGAAGAUCACCGAACAUAAAUUUCGCUACGAGGGAUUGAAUUCUGCAGAAGAUGAACUUACCAAUCUUCUUUGA